AAGAGCUCCCGGCCAGGCACCGAAGACCAAAGCAACGUUCACUGCUCACGCCUGAGAUAGGAUGCAACCCUAGCCAUUGUCGAGGUCAAGGAAGGCGGAGAAAUGGAGGCCUUCACAUUCGCUGUUUCUACACAGCUGAACUUCCCAGUCUACGUGAGGAUUGGUUCCCUGGAGGGAAAGCAGAAACAGAUAUCUUACUCCGUUCUGUUAAAGGACCCCAAACUGCGGCACAUUGGAUCGAACCAGAACCCUAUCUCGGAUCUGUUUGUCACGGCGCAGAUAUGGUCGGACUCAAAACCCCUUGGUGUGCCUAUGCAGACAUCAUAUAAAUCAUUUAAGUCGACGCGCGCAUGGAACGAAUGGCUGCAGAUGCCUAUGUCAAUCAAAGAUGCUCCAUUGAAGUCGCAAUUGGCUAUCACGAUCUGGGAUCUGUCCCCCCUUGGAGAUGAUGGCGCACAUAGCCACAGCGUUCCCUUCGGUGGAACGACAAUAUCGUUGUUUGAUGCAGAUGGGAAAUUAAAAAUGGGAAGGCAGAAAUGCAAGAUCUAUCGACAUAAAGCGGCAGAUGGCUUCUCAUCGACUACGACCCCAUCAACGCCCCCGCCGAAAAGGCGCCGACCUAACCAGUCAGGUGCUGCAGAGCCUUCACCGGAGGAGUUGGAAUUAGAACGCGUUGAGACACUUAUCAAGAAGCACGAGAUGGGUGAAAUUCCUCGGAUCGACUGGAUGGAUCAGAUGGUAUUCCGCCAGUUGGAGAAGAUCAAGCUAAAGGCAGAGGAAGCUGCCAGGAAACGCGCCAUUCGGCUAAAGGCUGCAAAGAUUAGCGCUGGAAAUGCGGAGGGUACAGAUGAGAACGCAUCGGAUGAAGAGGAAAGAGACGAUGAGAACUUUGUCCUCUAUGUCGAGUUUCCGCGUUUCGACCACCCGAUCAUCUGGGCUGAUCAUGAAUACUCACCCCCUCCUGUCUCGUCUCAUCCCCAGCAUACGCAGACAAACCCUAACUCUACUCUAAAACCGCCUCCUGAAGUCCGGUUCGGCCCUGGGAUACAGGGUUCGGAGGAAGAGGCCAACAGAAUCAUCCGUGUAUAUGAUCCCGAAGUCGGACAGACAGGGAAUCCGUGUGAGGACAAACAUAGACGGUUGGUCCGAAGUCAUCGUACUGGGAUCAUGGACCGUGACCUAAAGCCAAAUCCGAAGAUUCGCGAUGAGUUGAAUGUGAUCAUGUCUUACGGACCCACGCAGGACCUAAGCGCUGAAGAGAAAGAUCUCGUGUGGCGCUUUAGAUAUUACUUGACCCGCGAUAAGAGGGCAUUGACGAAGUUCGUGAAAUCAGUGAACUGGCGCGAUGUGGGUGAGGCGCGGCAGGCCGUAGAUAUCCUCCCCAAAUGGACAGAGAUCGAUGUCGACGAUGCCUUAGAACUUCUGGGUCCUACCUUUGACAAUACGGCUGUCCGUACCUAUGCGGUAGAGCGUCUCAGGAAGGCAGAUGAUGAAGAGCUUCUUCUUUACCUUCUCCAGCUUGUCCAAGCCCUGAAAUACGAGAAGAGUCCAGAAGAGAGUCCCAACGAUGCAGCUCACGAUUCUUCCCUGGCCAACUUCCUUGUUACUCGUGCAGCCAACAAUUUCAAGCUGGGCAAUUACCUUCACUGGUAUCUUAUGGUGGAAUGUGACGAUGCUAGUCCAGGCACCUCUUCAAGCCAGCGAAGGCUUUUCGCUCGCGUUGAGUACUAUUUCAUGGCCGAGCUAGAGAAAGUGCACCCAGAGUACCGAAAGAUUCUCCUGCGUCAGGGCGAGUUGAUCACCGUGCUUUCAAAGAUCUCCAAAGACGUCAGGUUUUCUCGCGAUACCCGGCCUCUCAAAAUCGAGAAACUAAAGAAAUAUCUCAAAGACCCGAAGAACGAGUUGGUUAGCAUUGAGCCACCUCUUCCGCUCCCACUAGAUCCGGAGGUAUUGAUCACCGGCUGCUUCCCAGAGGAGUCAAAUGUCUUCAAAUCUUCGUUGUCCCCCUUGCACAUCAACUUCAAAACCUCUGAUGGUCGCAAGUAUCCCAUUCUCUUCAAAGUGGGCGACGACCUUCGUCAGGAUCAGCUUGUGAUACAGAUCAUCACGUUGAUGGACCGUCUGCUGCAAAAGGAGAAUUUGGAUCUCAAGCUGACUCCCUACCGGAUUCUAGCCACCAGCUCAAACGCAGGUGCCGCUCAGUUCAUCCCGUCUACCUCACUCUCCGCGGCUUCUGCCAAAUACAAAGGCUCCAUUCUCGCUUAUCUCAAGGACAACAAUCCGGACGACAGUGAUCCUCUUGGCGUGCGCAAAGAGGCUAUGGAUACUUAUAUCAAGUCCUGUGCGGGUUACUGUGUGAUAACUUAUCUCUUGGGCGUCGGCGACAGACAUCUAGAGAAUCUUCUGUUAGCACCAGAUGGACACUUCUUCCAUGCUGACUUCGGGUUCAUAUUGGGAAGAGACCCCAAGCCUUUUGCGCCUAUGAUGAAACUUUGCAAGGAAAUGGUCGAAGGCAUGGGAGGCACUUCAUCUCCAAAUUACAUGCAGUUCAAGCAAUACUGUUUCACCGCGUACACCACCUUGCGGAAAUCAGCUAACCUUAUCCUCAACCUAUUCAGCCUAAUGGUUGAUGCGAACAUCCCUGAUAUUCGCGUUGAACCGGACAAGGCUGUCCUAAAGGUCAAAGAGCGGUUCCACUUGGAGAUGAGCGAGGAGGAGGCGAUCCGACACUUCGAGCAGCUCAUCAGUGACAGCGCGAAUGCCAUCUUUGGAGUCGUCAUCGACCGUCUGCAUGAUUUCGUGCAGGGUUGGAGAGCUUAGCGCGUCUAGAAUCUCGUCUUGGAGGGUUACACUGUCUACAUUCUGUACUUAUCAAGGAAUUCUAUCCAUUGGGAGACCAUGUGCAAUUUCACGUUUGUUUUGGAGAUGGGCUA